AUGAAUGGGGGGAUAUUUCUAGUCCGGGAUGCCAAAACGAAAAAAGAGUAUAUCGAAAAGCGAGGAGGAAGAAGAGAGAUCGAGAACGGCCUCGUGGAGCAGGAGAUUUUGAUUCUGAAGUUUCUAUCAUGUCCACCACACCCACACAUCAACUCUAUUGUUGAUCACUAUGUGGACAGGAAGGCAAGCAAAGCAAGCCUAUAUCUCAGGAGAUGUUCGGAGGGAGGCUUGAACUCAUUCAUAAAGAAACGUCGCGAAAACCAAGCAGAACUUUUCAACGAGAUUGACGUGUGGGAGUGGUUUAUACAGGUUUUCGACGCGUUGACUUAUUGCCACUACGGUAACAGUGAGAAAAGGGCAUCUAAAGAUGAUUAUCAUGAUGGAUGGAAUAUGCCCGCCAACAUCUUGGUCACCAAAGGGACACCUAAAGGUCAAACGACAGCAUACACUUUUCAAUUAGCCGAUUUUGGUUGUGCGGUGCAAAGAUCUUCUGUCUAUAGAGAUAGGAACAAAGAUCGAGCUACCACCUCCUUCAUGACUGCAGGCUGGCAGCCUCCAGAGUCUCCUAGAUUUACUGCUCGCAGCGACGUCUGGCAGCUUGGAGCUGUCAUGGCUUGCAUUUGCAAUCUCGUCAAUCUCCCGACGCAGUUCGAUAUGAAGGACCCAGCCCCGGGGUACUCUAAACAACUCAACGAAACAAUACAAGGCUGUUUGAUACCCGAUCCAAGUACAAGGCCCAAAUCAUACGAAGUGUUAGCCUGGUGUAAGCAGCAAUAUGAGAACUUGAGAGAAGAACUGAACACAAGUGGCUCUCCGAAUCCCUCGACCUUACCGCAACGAAGUCCUCCGGUCAAUACACUCAGGCAAUUAAGACCAGCAGCGGGAAAUGCUGCUGGUAUUUCUCUGCCAACGGUUCCGAUACAAGGUAGGGUGGAAUCGGGUGGCGGAUUAGCUGGCGGGAAUGUAAACAGGCGCCGGAGACGUCGAUGA